AUGGCCAGGGGCGGCCAGGAGACCCCACAAAGCACCAUGAACAUGCUGCUGCGCACCAUCCUGCUGCUCCUGCUGCUGCCCGACGCUGCUAGGGGACAGAAGAGCUGUGACAGUGAGUAGUCCCCCCCAUCCCUGCCCUUGGCUCGUGCCUGCCCGGUGCCGUGGCGCCCAGCGGUCACCCCGCUCCCCUCCUCCCCAGCCCUGAAGCGGGGUGACCAGCACCACCGGUGCUGCAACACGGAGGAGUUGGAGAAGGAAGGCGACGAGACCCUCAGCCCCGACUUGCCCCGGCACUGCCCAGAGCUGCGGCGCUCCGGCAGCCCCGCUUGCGCCUGCCUGCGGGACCGUUGGCUCAGGUAGUGGGCAGGGGUGGCCAUGGCAGGGCUUGGGGGCAAGCCCCCCAUCUCCCCCGGUCCCACAGCCUUCCUGCCCUGCAGGCUGAUGCAGUCGCCGAGGCCAGUGCUACAUGAUGGGCUGGCUGGGGAGAACAUGCUGCUCCUGAACGUCAGCAGGGCCAUCACUCAUGAUGUCCUCAUCACCUUCUCCCCCACGGAGGGCCCCAGGAUGCAGAACACGACAGAGGAGGGGAAGACAGGCAAAAUCCAGCUGCCCAGGGAGAUAUUCCAGUCCCUGAGCAGCUCGACAGUGCAUGUGGUGGUGACGGUCCUCAACAUCCAGCAGCUUGGCAUGUUUGAGGAGGUCAACCAGACGGGGCAGGUCCUGGACAACAUCGUGGUGGGCAUCAUGGUGGGAGAGACCAGCAUCUCUGGGCUGCAGGACCCCAUUCAGCUCACCUUUGCCCAUGAGCAGCUGCCCAGUGGUGUCACCCCGCAAUGUGUCUUCUGGGAUCCCAGCAAAGGGCAGGCAGGAGGCUGGAGCAGCAGUGGAUGUGUCACGCAGCCUGGCGACAAGAGGACAGUCUGCUCCUGCGACCAUCUCACCUUCUUCACCCUCCUCCUGAACCCAGCUCUGGACAGGUCCACAGCAAGAGCCUUGAUGGCUGCUGCCACUGCUGGCUGCGGGGUAGCUGUGGCUUUCUCUAUCUUCACCAUUACCUUCUGCAUCUUCUUGAGGUGCAGGUUCGGGUCUGAGGAGAACCUCCGCGUCAACCUGGGACUCCAUAUGAACCUCAUGGGCAGCCUGCUCCUCCUCAACCUGGCCUUCCUGCUCAACAGUGGGCUCUCUGCUCGGACCCAGCUGGGAACCUGCAAGGUCCUGGGGGGGUUCACCCACUACUGCCUGCUCUGCUGCUUCACCUGGAUGGCGCUGGAGGGCUGUCACCUCUACCUCCUCUUCGUCAAGGUCCUCGGCACCUACAUCCACCACUACCUGGCAAAGCUGUGCCUGGUCGGCUGGGGCUUCCCCGCUCUCGUGGUGGGGGUGGCAGGAAUCAUCGGUAGCUACGGAGAAUACAUCAUCCAGACCACGGACCACCAGGUCAUAGCCCACCUGUGCUGGAUCACUUCCAAGUAUCUCCUGGUCCACUAUAUCACCAACUGCGGCUACUUCGGCCUCAUCUUCGUCUUCAAUAUGGCUGUCUUUGGGGUGGUGACCCAGAAGAGCUGCUGCCUGCAGGGCACGGGGGCGAUGCAUCGGGACCGCAAGGCCUGGAAGGUGGCCCUGGUGGCGGUGGGGCUCUUCUGCCUGCUGGGAACCACCUGGGCCCUGGCGUUCCUCACCCACAGCACCUCCUCUGCACCCAUGCUCUACCUCUUCACCAUCCUCAACUCUGUCCAAGGAAUCUUCAUAUUCAUCUGGCUGGUCGUCCUCUACUACCCGAAGACAAAGGAGACCACUGGCUCCCUCUCCCACAUCAUCAGACAUGACAAAACCAUCACAGUCUCCCAGGACUAG